GCUUCAAAAAGCUCAGUUCUUCUUCUAUCUAAAGAGAGAGACUUUGAAAAUGGACCUCUGCGUUAUCAGCUCGACGACGACGAUUAAUCCGUUUCAUUCAUGUUUAACCCGACGCAUUGGGUCUCGUCUCUUACAAUCCGAUAGUUUGUUCGUCUCUCGUGGUGGUUGCUCUGUGUUGCGCUUCAAUGGGAGGCUGAAGAAACCAAUCAAGCCCUUGGAGGUAUCUUGUGUCGCCAAGAAAAUUGGAGGCCGGAGAGCAGAGGCUUCUCCGGCGGUUGAACCCAGCGUAAAGGAAGACCGGCUUCCCGCUGAUCUUCAGGUCACCGAGACUAAAGCGCCGAAUUCAAGUGUGAAAUUAAGUGUGGAAGUUCCAGCAAUUGUCUGUGAAGAUUGUUACCAAAGAGUCCUUAGCGAGUUCAUGAAAAUGGCCAAGGUUCCUGGAUUCCGUCCUGGAAAGAGAGUUCCAGAGAAUAUUAUUGUUGGUUUCGUUGGGAGGCAAUACGUUUUGAGAGCAACUGUUGAAUCUAUCUUGAAGAGAACACUUCCUCACGCCAUGGAGUCGGUCACUGGAAAGGCUUUAAAAGACUCGAUACAGAUAUUAAGCAGCUUUCCAGUUAUGGAGAAGGCUUAUUCUCAGCUCAAGACCCUUAGUUAUGAGGUGGUUGUUGAUGUCGUGCCUGAGUUGAAAUGGAAUCCUGAGAAUGGGUAUAAAGAUAUGAAGAUCGUUGUAGAAUUAGGCGAUGAGAUAGACGCCAAAAAAGCUUGUGAAAGACAACUAAGACAGAAACACAAGUCCCUUGGUGCUUUAAAGAUUGUAACUGAUCGAGGGCUACAGGUAGGAGAUUUUGCCGUCAUUGAUAUAUCUGCUACAACUAUAGAUGAGGACGGGUCAACGGGUCAAGCGAUUCCAGAUGCUGAAAGCAAAGGUUUUCAUUUUGACACAGAAGAAGGGAAUAGAUUACUUCCUGGAUUCCUUGAUUCAAUCUUGGGAAUUCGAGCAGGCGAAUCAAAGUCAUUCGCGCUUGUGUUUCCUGAAUCAUGGAAGCAAGAAAAUCUUCGUGGCCAACGUGCUCAGUUCACUGUCGACUGCAAGGAACUAUUCUACAGAGAUUUACCAGCAUUAGAUGAUUCACUUGCUGAUAAAUUGCUCCCUGGAUGCACCACUUUAAAGGAGGUUGAAGAAACUCUGAUUAAAAGAUGCCAAGAGAUGGAGCAGGAAGCCAAGGAGCAAGCAACAGACAACGCCAUCCUUGACAGGAUUCGAAAGAUGGUUGAAGUAGAGAUUCCUCAAUCUUUAUUUGAGGAACAAGGAAGACAAUUUUAUGGAGCUAGGCUUCUAGAGAUCCAGGGAAACAUGAAGCUCACCGAAGAGCAAUUGGCUUCUCUUUCAAGUCAAAAGGCAGUAAAUGAGUUUCUAGAAACUCAAAGAGAGAGCAUUACCAACAUAAUCAAGCAGAAUUUGGCUGUUGGAGAUAUCUUCAAGCGCGAAAACUUAGAGUUCUCAACAGAUGAACUACUUAAAGAGGUCGAGAACUCCAUCACAGAAUUCAAGAAACAUAAACAAGAGUACGACGAGGAACGUGUGAAAGAUCAGGUACAAGAGAUUUUAGAAGGUGCAAAAGUGCUAGAAUGGUUGAAAGAACGAGCUGAGAUUCAAUACAUUACUCGUUGAUUAGCAUAGGUAUUGUAUGUAUGAUUGGCAUGUUUCUUAGCUUAUGAGCAAUUUUUUUUGAAUUAUGGUUAUUUUGUCAGAAGGAGAGAACUUUUACUAUAUUUGAUGAUGAUUGUUUGUAAGGAAUUGUCGCAAUAAUUAUUUAUACAAACAUUGCUUUUUGGUUUUGUAA